UUUUUUUCCCAUUUCUUUAUAUAACCCAGGGUCGUUCGCCCGUGAUGAUGGCGUCGACACCUGUUUGUACAUGAUAUUCUUAUUCUUGUCUUGUAACUCUCGGCACCAUCUACUUUACCAAGCAGGCAUUGUUCUCCUGCCCAAGCUGCCCUGAACAUGACAGAAGCAUCCACGCACGACGACAAGAUGGCAGAACAAUCUGGCAUCAGAACCGACGUCCAAGCGGUCCCGCAAGCCGUGGGUGCCGUCGCUCCCGUCCCAACACCCACAGCUUGGACGGAGAAGUCCUCUGGUCAAACAAACGACCAACUCUCAGCCGUCGAACAAGGGCCCCAAGACGAUGCCGUCGCCCCUCUCCGGAAACGCAGCAGGCUGGGGGAGCGUCCGGCCGUCUUCAAGACCACGGUGCACGAAGUCCUCUUCGUCUUCAUGGCGACGUCGGCGGUCAUGUCGUGGUCGUUUUUGGUCGGCGCCGUCGCCACCGUGACGGCCCAGAUCGGCCACGACCUCGGCAUGUCGCAGGGCGAGAUCACCUGGAUCGCCGCCUCGACCUCUCUCACCGCCGGCGCCUUCCAGCUGGCCCUCGGACAGCUCGCCGACCUCCUGGGCCGCCGCCUCAUGUUCAUCAGCGGCCUGGCCUCCUUCUCCCUCUUUGCCGUCGUGGCGGGCUUCGCCCAGAACCCCUUCUGGAUGGACAUACUCUGCGGCUUCCUGGGCAUCAGCACCGCCAUGAUGGUUCCCCCCGCCAUCGGCAUCCUCGGCGCGUCGUACGCCCGGCCGUCCAAGCGCAAGAACAUUGCCUUCUCGGCCUUUAGCUCCGGAAACCCCGUCGGUUUUGCGCUGGGCAGCAUCCUGGGCGGCGUGGCGGCCAAGGUGUUCAACUGGAGGGCCAUCUUCUUCAUGAUCGCCAUCAUCUGGGGCGUGCUCGCCGUGGUUGCCUUUUGGGUCGUGCCGAGCGUCGAAGCCUUUGACGACGAGGCAGGCAGCAGCGGCGUGGACGGUCCCGCCAAGGCUGCGCCGUCCACCGGUGCUCAGCUGCGCGAUUUCUUCCGCAAGUUCGACACGCUGGGCGCCGCCCUCACGCUCUUCGGCACCGGCUUCUUCACGGCCGCCAUUACGCUGGCUCCACACGACGGUUGGGCCGCGCCCCAGGUUCUGUCGCUGCUCAUCGUGGGCUUCGUCAUGAUCUGCGUCUUUUUGUACUGGGAGACGUACUGGCCUCACCCCCUAAUGCCGCCCAAGAUCUGGAAGGACAGGAACUUUUCUCUCCUCAUCGCUUCGCUCGUGCUCGGUAUCAUGGCUUUCAACUCGUCGUCCUUCUGGCUGUCGCUGUUCCUCCAACAAGUGCAGAGCCUCGACUCCCUCGAGGUCGGCGUCCGCCUGCUGCCUCAGACCAUCGCCGGACUGACCUGGAACAUCGUGGCGGGGGUUCUCCUCCACCGGGUCAACAAUACGAUCCUCCACGGGAUCGGUGCUGUCGCGUACCUUGUCGCAAACCUUCUGCUGUCGUUCAUGAGGCCCGAUUCGAGCUAUUGGGCUUUUAUCUUUCCGUCCCUCAUCAUCCAGGUCAUUGGUGCCGAUUUCCAAUUCAACGUGGUGAAUAUGUACGUGAUGCAGUCUCUCCCAUCCCACCAGCAAGCGCUCGCGGGAGGCAUCUUCAACACCAUGGUCCGCCUCUGCUCGACCCUGGCUCUGGGAAUUUCCACGGCCGUCUACGGCGGCGUGGAGCAGACAGAGGCGGGGAGGCAGGAUCCCAUGCUCGGCUACACCCGGGCCUUGCAGGUGUCGGUUGCGCUUGCCGCCGGCGGCAUACUCUUUGUGCCCUUUAUCCGCGUCGGGACUCAGGGCAACGACAGGUUCGAAGACGAUGGCGAGGAGCAGGUUGUUAGUGAAAAGAAGUGAUCGCCUCUGGGGUUUGAGAUUACGAUUCCCUGUGGCAAUUCGCUACGUAAUCCUCAUGGAAGUACCAGUUGCGAUUGGCCUUUGGGGUCUGCAUAUACGGAAAGGCUCGACAGGUGGAGGACACAGUCUCCGUCGUUGUGCCAUAAUAGGCAUGAAGUUUUGGAUUCAGACGCAAAAGAUACCCGAUAGCAUGUUGUAUAUUUCUAAUUAAUUCCUACAUAAUGACCGUUCAAUCUGCAGCUGUC